UCCCCUGGGGGAUGGAGAGGGGCCAAGUAGCGGAUGGACAGCGGCGGACACGGAACCACCUCCCGGCCCGGUCCUGCUCGCCGGGCUCCCUCCAGAGAGACGCCCUCGCCGGAUAACAGACUGAAGAAUGAAGACAAGAGGCCGCCUCUUUCUGAUUCUGUUGUGUCUCCUGGUCGGCACCGCCUUGUACGUCCUACUCUGCGGCCAGCUUUGCUCGGGGCUUUGCUGGCACGUGUGCCAGCCGCAGCGCCAGCCCGACCGCCCCUGGCCCACCGUACCCGGCCCCCUGCGCUUCCAGGGCUACAGCAGCGUUCCCGAUGGGAAGCCGCUGGUCCGCUCCCCGUGCGGCCGCUGCGCGGUGGUGUCCAGCUCGGGCCAGAUGCUGGGCUCCCGGCGGGGGCCGGAGAUCGACAGGACCGAGUGCGUGCUGCGCAUGAACCAGGCGCCCACGGCCGGCUACGAGGCGGACGUGGGCAACCGCAGCACCCUGCGGGUGGUCUCGCACACCAGCGUCCCCCUGCUUCUCCGCAACCAGUCCUACUUCUUCGGCCAGUCGCGGGAGACGGUGUACGUGGUGUGGGGGCCCGGGAAGCACAUGAGCCGGGUUGCGGGGGGCUCCACCUACCGCACCCUGCUGAAGGUGAAGGAGAUGUACCCUGGGCUGCAGCUCUACACCCUCACCGACCACAUGAUGACCUAUUGCGACGAGGUCUUCCAGAACGAGACCGGCAAGAACCGGAUGAAAUCAGGCUCCUUCUUGAGCACCGGCUGGUUCACCAUGAUCUUGGCGAUGGAGCUGUGUGAGCAGAUCGUGGUCUACGGCAUGGUCAGCGACGGCUACUGCAGAGAGAAGAGCCCUCCCUCCGUGCCUUAUCACUACUUCGAGAACGGCAAGCUGGACGAGUGUCGCAUGUACCUGGCCCACGAGCGGGCUCCCCGUGGGGCCCACCGCUUCAUCACCGAGAAGGCCGUCUUCUCCCGCUGGGCUAAGAAACGGGACAUCGUCUUCACCCACCCCUCCUGGCAGGGGGACUAGGGCGGGCAGUGAGAA